GUGCACACGGCCCUGCGCUGGGCGAAUGGCAACACAUGGCGCAUGGCACUCAUGGCAUGUCUGUGGCAGUCAACACGAGUGCAUGGCAUGUCUCCAGCAGUACACACAUGAGUGAACGACGUUAGAUGCCAGUUACAGACCUCAAAGUCAUACCCUUCUACCGUCUGCGUUUGCUGUUGAGGGUGGCUUGCAAGUUUUGUACUUGCAAGGAGAACCCGCAGUGUAGCAACGACAUGGUGAAAGAAAAGCCAGAUUCUGUCAGGACUUACGACGAGGAUGGCUUCAAACGCAGAGCGGCUUGCCUCUGCUUCAAAGAUGAACGAGAAGAAGAGAUCCUGCUGGUGACGAGUCAUCGGAACCCAGAUCGCUGGGUGGUACCGGGUGGGGGUAUCGAACCUGAAGAGGAGCCACGGAUUGCUGCCAUGCGGGAGGCCAUGGAGGAGGCAGGGGUCAGAGGUCAGAUAUCUCGGCAUCAUGGAGUGUUCGAGAACAAGGAUCGCAAGAACAGAACCUGGGUGUAUAUAUUCCAUGUUGAAGAGCUGCUAGAUCAUUGGGAUGACCUCCAGCGCAUCAAUCGAAAGCGGCAGUGGUUUUCUCUAGCGGAUGCCAGAGCCGUCCUGUUGCUGCAUAAGCCUGCCUUGGCCGCAUACAUUGAACCUCUUCUUGAUCAGCGAGCAAUGAGUUGAUCAAGCAAAACAUUGGUCUUUCUUACUUCCAGGGUAGACUGCUUCACGUGUUUGAGCUUCCCCUCACCCCCAUUAAGAACACCAUUUAUUCAUCGUCGCCGAACAGGGUCCAUCAUUUUCUUUGGUCUCAUUUUUAGUUGUGACCUGCCUUCACUCUCCUUCCCACCUCCAUGGAAUCAAAAUCCAAAGCAAGGUAGUCAGCUAAAAAUUGGAGAAAGACCAUGUGAACGUCUACCAUGAAGCUGAGUGACUAGAAAACAUGAUCAUGGCCACACUAUAGGAGAUGAUGGCUGCACUGGUUGUGGAAAGUAAACAAUUCAGCAAGAUUGGAUGACUGUUGUACAUUAGUGAUACUGCUUUGUAAUAAUUUCAUGGAUUCGGAGUUUUGAAUAGUGCAUUAUUAUUUAUUGAAAGGGAACAAGCUCUGCGAGAAAAUGUUAAUGUAUGAGGACAGGGUUACAUGGGUGGAUUUGUGUGGCGAUUUUUUUUUUUUUGAGUCAGGUUGCAAGCCUAAAGUGUUCGUGGGCUUAUGCAACAGGAGCAAUUUGUGGAUAGUCUUCAUACAGUAGUUGGAGAUCAUUGUCAACAGCUUUAAUGUUGUCACUUGGAAGUGACCAAAUUUUGGUGUGUGCUCAAUUGUGAACGAUGAGGUUUGUGGAUGUAAAGCAAAGUUUAUAAAAAUGCAAGAAAUUGCUUUGCUGGAUAAUGGAUUGGUGUGUGUUUGUGUGUGUUGGGGGUGACAGAAUGCAUGAAAAAUGGACACUACAAAUAAAUUUUUCAUACUAGUGUAGUUAUGCACAUGCUAACAGAGAAAACAUUUUAAUCAUAUAAUGCCCGAGUAUUUUGCAUUCAUAUCCUUUGUAAGACUGGAAUUGUUUCUAUAUAGUAUAAUUAGUCAAUACCACAAAGCGCACAAGUUGAAAAUCUUGCUCUCAGAACUCUUUUUCAGUUUCCUAGAAAUGUAAGAGGUCCAUAUACCACUGACACAUGCACAAAUUUUGGCUUUACAGGGGAAGUCAUUCAUCUAAGUAAACAGACGGAUUUAUAAUAAUAACUUAAAGAAGCACAAUAUUUACAUGGGUACUGCAAAGUAUUAAGCAUGCCGACUGGCAUGUAGUGUUUCAAUUUACAGAUAAAGCACAAAGUGAACUCUGUGGUAGAAGAAAGUGUUUCCCACCAAGGGGACUGUUGAAGAAAGAGUGAAAUUUGGUAUUUGACCAUACUUGUGCUUGCUGCUUUAUCAGAUCUUUCUCAUGUCUGUUGGCCUAGGAUGUGCAAGAUUUGCUACUCAUUCAUGUUGUCCAGACAUUGCAGUUUUUGUUUCUUGUCAGAAUGAUUUCUGUAUCAAUUUACAGUGGAAGCAUCCUCCUUGCUCUGACAAUUUCUUUGUAACCUGCCUCACUGGGUCUUUUUAUAGUUUGCUUGUAAAAAGAAACAAAGGGCAUUUACUACAGCAGGACUUAAGUUUACUUGCAUAACUGAUAAGUAGAAUGAAAGUAUUUGAAAUUUUUAAAAGCAUCAGGGUUAAUUUGUUAACGUUUCUAAGGUUAUUCAAAUGCCUCCACCUCUUCUAAUCUCCCCCAGCAAUUUCUAGUCAGUCACUGACUUAACAUGUGUCUGGUAAUUUGAGGGGUGGAAAUGAGAUGAUGAAGUACUCAGUAUAUCCCAAUAGAUGCUACCAUGUUUCCCCCAAAAUAAGACUUGGUUUUAUAUUAAUUUUUGCUCCAAAAGAAACAUCAUGGCUUAUUUUCAGGGGAUGUCAUUUUUUGUGUACAGUCGUGUUAUCUUCUGGAAUGUCAUCAUAAUUAAAAGGUUAUUUAUAAGUAUCAUUACUUUGUAAUGCAAUACAUCCAUUCCAUGUUUCAACAGACAAAAUAAUUCUGGUUGCCAAUCUUAACUAGGGUUAAACUUGGAGGAGGGUUUAUAUCACAGUCUAAGCCUUAUUUUCAGGGAAACAUGGUAGUUAUGAGAUCAUCUGCUCAGUGUUUGUGAUAGUCUCCAAUGUUUCUCAGCUUAUUCUAGUACAUUCAUGUUCAUAUGUGUAAGGGCUGAGAUGCUUUCUUGGCCAUUUGUUUUUGUUUUUUUUUUUCAGGGGUGGGUUCCUAUAUUUUCCUGUACAUACAAAUGCCUACAGUUUUCAGAGGGAAGAUUCACCUAAUAGGUGUUUUGAAUGGUAAAGUAAUCUUUCCGCCAUCUUACAACUUGUCCAGAAGAUGGCUUAGUUAACUGUUGGUCUUGUUCACAGAUAACACACAGAAGCAACAAAGCUGUUUGCUAUUGUUGUGCCUGCAUUGUUAUUUAAUAUCUGUUUAAGACCAAACAAAACCAUAGCUGAUGCUUUUUUGUGAUAUUUAGACUUGCCCAUUCAUGGAUUCCACAUAUUGUUUCAAAUGGGUUUAUAAGGUGUGCAGUCCUGCCUAUUUCUAAAGGUAUUUUCAAAGUUGGAUAUUCUGAUUUGUUAUUAACGAGAUCUUGAAUAAUAAAAACAAAGUUUGCAUAUCAUUUCAGUGUUUAAAUAACCUGGCUCUUGUGAUUUUGAAAAAUAAAAUAUUAAAAUGUUGCUUCAUUAAUAAGAAUGGGAUAAAUGUUUACAUUAAUUGGCACAUUAUUUGCAAUGUAAAAUAGCCAGAAAAUAACUUGAUAUUGCAUGAAGCAAAGUGUUACACCAGUUCCAGCUGAAAUAAGAUAUUUGUCCUAGUUAUACGCAACUGGAUGUAAUUACAAUUGCCUCAGCAAUCGUAGGGCCAAGUCAAAGACAGGAGACAUUCAACAUUUCUAACAGCUCUUUAAAUUGGUACAUAGAAGUUACCAAAAUGCACUAAGGGUAUGCAAAUACAUUGUAUUUGUAAAUAAUAUCUAUGCUUUUAUGUAUAUAAAUGUGCAUAUGUGUGUGCACAUGUCCUUUCCCAUGUUUUGAUGUAUGUACAUAUGUCACUGCUCAAAGAGUUUUUCAGAUGGAGCACUGUAAGAGUUUUGGUAUUCAAUACUCUACUAAACCUUGUAUACCAUGCCUGUGGAUUAUGAAACACAUUUGGAACUGCUUGUAUUAGUCUUGGUUUGUGAAAGAUCUGCACUGAAGAGUCUUCACAGACUUUGAAUACUGCUGGUACAUGUUAAACUGACACUCUCAAACUUACAACCAUCCUUAACUGCUUUUGCACUGUACAGCACACCCAUUUCCUAUUUUCCCCAAGAAAUGACAUCCUGCAGAAUGGCCAAAACAAAUGACAUCCUACAGAGUAUCCAAAACAAAUUAUUGUCAGUAGCCCAGUGCUGUACCUUAUCAUGUACUUCAUAAACAUAAAAUACCUAGUUUGUAUUCAACAUGACGUGAUAGUAUUCCUUGCGUGUUUAUUUUCAUUGCAGGCAUUCUACAUUAUUAAACGAAUUUUCGUUCACUCAG